AUGCUCUUCUCACCGAGCGGACCCCAGAGUCCUCGUCGCCGCAGCCGUUUGAAUUCCAUCUUCCUUACUAUCGGCAUCGUACUCGCCAUCUACUUUCUCUUUUUCGCCGGCGAUGAACACACAAAGUCCCGGGCAUAUCAAGACAAAGCAGAGAAAUAUGCGCACAAAACUGAAUCACUUGUCGCCGAUAGCGAUGCCGGCGAUCAUCUGGCCCGUCCGGCGGUGCGGCGACACAAGGAGAUGAUCGUGGCGAGCAUGAAAGGAGAUGACACCUCUUGGCUGGCCGAGUACUUUCAAGAUUGGUCGCGGAAGAUCUACGUGGUCAACGACAAAAAUGCGCCCCUGACAGUUGCGUUGAACAAGGGACGCGAAUCCAUGGUGUACUUGACGUACAUCAUCGAUAAUUACGACAAUCUUCCUGAUCUGAUGCUCUUUAUUCACUCCAAUCGCUACCAAUGGCACAAUGACGAUCCAUACUAUGAUGGGGUACCUAUGCUGCGUAAUUUUCAAACAUCCUACCUUCAAAAGGAAGGAUAUGUGAAUCUGCGCUGUGUCUGGGUACUCGGUUGCCCGGUCGAAAUCCACCCCCUUCGCGACGUUCAUCGCGACGAUGUCCACGCGGGCGAAUACUUCAAAAAGGCGUUUAUGGAGCUAUUUCCUGAAAAGCCAGUGCCAGAGGAGAUUGGAGUGUCUUGCUGCGCUCAGUUUGGAGUUACUCGGGAACAAGUGCUCUUGCGGCCCAAGAGUGAUUAUGAGUUCUAUCGGAAAUGGCUCAUGGAGACGAGUCUUGGCGACGAUCUCAGCGGCCGUAUCAUGGAGUAUUCGUGGCAUAUGAUCUUUGGCAAGAAGCCAGUGCAUUGUCCAGAUGCUAAGUCCUGUUACUGCAAUGUCUUUGGGUUGUGCGACUUGAACUGCUCUGAGCCGAAUGGAUGCGAUGGACGAUAUGUUUUGCCUCCUUUCUCUGCGCUGCCGGAGGGCUGGCCCUUUGUGGGCUGGAAAGGACAGCAGCAGGAUCCGACCCACGGACUCCCGGAGUCAUGA